GUACAUGACGACCUCACCGCCCGCACCCGCCUAUCAAAUCUUUUCCCGGGCCGCACUUGGAUCAUCCUUUUACGCACCGAAAUGCCAACCAAAGGAUUUGUGCGUAAAAAUCGUGGACGCACUCCAGCCCGGGCAGGUGAAGACAGCGGGGUUUCAAAGGGAAACGGUACAAACAGUCCGAUCGAGGACGAAGGAGCGAGUUCCGCUCCACCUCGCUCGCCUCGUGGUCGCCACAAACAAUCGAACAGUGUCCGAGAUCCCUGUGAGAAGAAUUGCUUGGAAAAAUCUCCUUCUCCACUUUCGAAGACAACGGGUUGCGCAUCGAAGAGCCGUGCUGCCGAGACUGAUGUACACCAGGUGCUUUCAACGACACUGGGCAAGCUGAGGAUUCGCAAAACUACCCGAUCGGAAUCUACCGCCGUUAUUAACACCAUCGUGGAAAACAUAAUCAAAUACUUUAAAAAUCGAACCGAUUGCUUCAACCAAGUUACAAGUUUGCGCACUGGAAGCUACUACGAGAAUGUGAAAGUCGGCCAGCCUGACGAGUUUGACGUGAUUCUGGCCAUCCGGGUGCCAAGCGUGGACCUCCGUCCGUUCGGCGACGAUGGCGCCUUCUACAGCGUGGCGGUGAAGAAUACGCGAAGGCACCUUCUCACUGACUUUUUGCAGGGGGACGGGAUCGUGUCUGCUAGUGAAAUGCUGGCUAAAUUCAGGGCUCACGUGAAAAAUGCCCUGAAGAGUACCGCAAUGACAGAUGUGCAAGUAGAGAGAAAGAAGAAGGGAAGCCCAGCGGUGACCCUCCUGGUGAAGGAGAAUGGUCUACAGAUCAGUCUGGAUGUCGUGCUUGGCCUGGAGGUCCAUUCCGCCUGGCCGUCUUUCACUAAGACUGGCUUCCUGAUCGAGAAAUGGCUCGGUACCAAGGUGAAGAAGGAUUUCAGAUUCAAACCUUUCUACCUGGUGCCAAAAUAUGAAGGGAAUGGGAGUGAUGCCCUGGAUGGAAUCUAUGCCAAAGAUGCCUGGCGAAUCUCCUUUUCCCAUGUGGAGAAGGACAUUUUGAAGUACCACGGCUCUGCGAAGACCUGCUGUGAAGCUGAGGGUACGAAGUGCUGCAGAAGAGAGUGUCUGAAACUUCUGAAGCACCUGUUGGAGAAGCUGAAGGAGAAGUACCCGAAGGAUCUUUCCAAGUUCUGCUCCUACCACGCUAAGACCAUGCUGUUCCACGCCUGCGUGAAGCAUGUGUAUGAUAGCGACUGGAAGAUGGAGCAGUUGGACUUGUGUUUCCUGCGACUCCUGGAGGACUUUCAGAAUCGGCUUCGAGGUGGUUUCCUGCCAAACUUCUUCAUCCCCACGCACAAUGUUUUGGGUUCAAAGUGUAACCGCAGAAGCUGUGAACUUUUGGCAGAGUAUAUAGAUUUUGAAAAGAUCAAUAUGUUUCCGAUAUUUUUAGAAUGAUGAUUUGGCCCAUGUCAGAUGCUCUAUGACGUGCCACGUGUAAAGUGAAGCACGUGUAUGUAUAAAAAAUAAAUAAAUAAUAAUAAUAA